CCUCUCUCUCUGUCGCUCAGACGAUUUCUUAUUUUACACUAAAAACUUUCUCUUUCUCGUGAAAUUUUCUUGUUCAAAGCCCUCACUUUCCUUCUCCAAAUUCUCCUUUUCUCUUAUUCGUCAGAAUCUGUCAAUCCCUUUCUCUGGUUUUUCCUCUUUUUUCAUUUGGGUCUAAAACCUGAGUUCUUUAGCUCUGUUUUUUUUUUUUUUCUACUUUGAGUUGUGAAACUAAAAUGGGUUUUUCGAAGAAAUCACAAACGGAAGUUGGGUUAGACGGUGAAGGCAAAAAAUGGGUAAUCGCCGGAAUUUCUAUACGGACUUCACUAAAGCCUGUGAAUACCAAACCGAGAGGUAAAGACGGUGAAGAUCAAGACGAAGAAGCCUCUUCAACGACUCCAACAGCGAGAGAAUCAAGAAUACCAGAGAGAUUACCAUGCCCACCUGCCCCAAGAAAGCGCAGGCCUCCUCCUUCAAGAUGCCAUUUUAACGGAGUACGAGAGUUCUUCACUCCACCCGACUUGGACACCGUCUUCAAAAUCCAUGUCGAGAAAGCAAGCUGAUGAGUCGACAUUAAUUAGUUGAAUCGUCAAAAUUCAAGAAACAUAGUUUUGUUUAGAUUAUUUAGGAGAAGAUUUUCUUUGGUUUUUGUGUUUGUCGUUUAUUCCUUCUUUCUUGUGUUAGUAUUAGUGUACUUGAUGAAGAUGAUAGUGUACAAAGUUGAUGAAAUUUUUAUGAAAUGGUACUGUAGUUUUAGUGAGAA